AUGACGGACUCUCGGUCGUACGCUUCUCUCCCGGCAUUCAAGCAAAUCAGACGACUGCCAACAGCCAGCUCAGACUUCAGCUUGUCGGACUCAGAGGACGAUGACGAUGAUGACACGUCCAGCGUCCUGUCUUCUUGUGGCAGCUCGGCCUCAGAUGAGAGCCUGAUCAGCUGUGCGUCCUCGCGCGCAGUACCUGAUGUGGGCGACCACUGCGUUGUCAAGCGACAGCACAGCUACGACAAAGGCUUCAAUGGUGAUGCAUCCAGUACAUACGCAGAUUCAGCCAGCCCUGCACCUUUCAAAGACAGCCCUGCGCAAGUGCAGUACAAGAUUGGCCUGGGUCAGCUCCCACCCCUGGGUGUUCCCACCACAAACGAUUUGGAGGAAGCACUGCGCUCCAACGGGCGGCUUGCAUACGUGACAGAUGCUGGCUCCCAGAAGCCUGCUGCGCUGCAGGCGGGCAAACCCGCUGCCACACCCCUGCCAUCCCUGCCACACCUCCUGCCGACUGGGCAGUCUUGGGGGUACGAUAGCCAUCCAGGAGACCCUGUGUUGGCGGCCUGCCCCUGCUUCAUGUGCCAGCCGCCUGCCUGCAGCUUACCUCCAGGGCUCACCGCCAAGGGUGGCAGCGUCGGCCUGGCCCCACCUGGAUCCCCCGGCUCAUAUGAUUCUGAGGAGUGCACCUUCAGGGGACCCAUUCCAAGCUCCCUGGCAAUCGCAGCAGCGCUGGCAGCUGGGGACAUGCCAUCCUUUGCCAGGCGAGGCCUCCUUGCUUACCUCCUCUUCAUUUGGAGUGUGUCGGAGCAGCAGGCGAUGCCACCUGUGACCUGCAUGCUGCCCAUGUCCUACAGCGCUGCCCUGCUCAUGGCUGCCCCAUUCACGCCACAGCCGGGACCGCCCUGUCCGACGGCGAUGCCUCCUCCCUGGCGCCCACUCGACCUACCCCUCAGCUCACCCAGCCUUGUGGGAGCUCCGGCGGUGCUACUGGGGCUACAGCAGUGA